AUGGGCGGUCCUCCUUCACCACGUCCAUUCAAGGACGACCCGGAUGCUCUGUCUAUGCACACCACAGCGGGAGAAUCCUCGUACCACGCUGAACCAAUUGCCGAUGAUGACCUUGAUAACGCAGACGCGCCACCACCAGCUUAUGAUGAAACCACCACGACUGAUAGCGAGAGCGCUCCCAUUCUGCAAACACAACCGGAUAGUCGUUAUGUUGGCGAAUACCAAACCGGUGUCAGCGAUCCUGAAUGCCAUUUCGCAUCUACCUCAAAGCGCAUCGGCAAAAAGCGGACCACAAUUGGAAACGAGGUCCUCCCGCUACAAGACGCCCGCUCAGACGCCGACCCAGGUUAUCUUGAAGAAUGGAUUCGAAUCAUGGCAAGAUACCCGCCGUCACCGUACAUCCACAUCACGGGAACUCAUAAAGAGACGAGGCGUGAUAAGGAUGGCAAGAGCAAAGUUGAAGAGGUCACCGACUUUCGCAUCAUGGUCAGUCUCCGGAACUACCUGUGGCCAAAUUUCAUUCCCGGCGCAUUGGGCGCGACAAGUCUAGUGACUGCUGAGAGUGGAGAGAAAACAUAUCGUGGAACUGUCUUCAAGACUCGACAGGAUGGUGUCAAGGGUGAUAUUGAAGUUGGCCACACGAAACCUACUCUCAAAGAGUGGUGUCAUCGCUACUGCGCCAAAGCAACGGGAACCAAAGUAUUCCGUCUUACUCGUUGCGUAACUGGUCUAGCCGAACCAGCGCUACGAAAUCAGCUUGAGGCCCAUAUCAGGAAAACCAACUAUAAAGGCCACCUCUCCAUCGAAUUCCCCGUUGGUGAUCGAGCAAUCGAUAUCUACUCUUCUAGCAAACUCAACAACUGGCGACUGACAAGCUGGAUCUGCUGGCUCUUCUAUCUCACCUUCCUAUGGAUCUUCUCCUGGCCUGUUUUAUUCUUCUCCACCAAGCGCUACCAAGUCGUCAAGGUCAACUGGCCCUUUUCCCACAUCCACGACAACGGGGAGAGGACUUUCACCACCGUUAGCGAGUCCCAGUGGGCCGAGAUGUACGGUCCUGCCAUCAAACAAUUGUGUUUGGAUCGAUAUCAAGGCCUGGUGGGCGAUACUGUGUUGAACGAGAUCUUGGAGAGGGGAGAGCCACCGUCUAACGCUGGACAAGAUGUUGGCCGGGCUGCUAUGAGUGCUGCGGCUGCUGCUUUCCAAGGACGGCUGACUACUGUGGAUGGUGCGAGGACUCUGAUGAGAACAGCUGGUGUAUUGACUGACCAGGUCGGUUGGGGAUUUGAUACUUGA